AUGGCAAAUAUAACAUCAGAGAACAAAGUAAUAGUCUUAACAGUAAACUUGUGGAAGCUUGUAAAGGGAUGCUCACAGAAGAGGUGGGCAGACUGUGCAGUGAGAAAUUUAAAAAGACUCAUAAAGAAGCAGUUCAGAAGUGACAUGGAUGUGAAAAUAGACAUGGAUCUUAACAAAGCCAUCUGGGCACGUGGAAAGAAGAAUCUUCCAACCAGGAUUAGAGUAGAAAUUGGAAAGAGGCCAUCCUUCAAGGACAAUGCAAAGACAGAAAUGUUUGUCAAGCACGUGCAUGUUCCUGAGUUCAAGGGUCUUCAGACAGAAAGCUUUGUUGCACAGGUAGACCAAUAA